AUGAAUAGUAUUAAAAGUCUCGAAAAAGAGAUAUUAGAUUUAAAAGAAAUAUUGAGACAAAAGGAGCAAGAAUUAUUAAAAUUAAAAACAAACUUGCCGCCGGUUGAAGACAAUGCAAUGAACAGUUCUGGCCUAAGCUUUGAAAAUAAAAAUCAUGCUCAAGUUAAAUUUGGAGAUAUUUUACCUAAAUGGGCAAUAGAAAGGUAUAGCCGUCAGAUACUUCUGCCGGAUAUUGGUGUACAGGGGCAGGAACAGUUGAUGUCAUCAAGAGUGCUAAUAGUGGGGGCAGGGGGCUUAGGAUGUCCUUCUGCUGUUUAUCUGGCUGGAGCUGGUGUUGGAGAAAUAGGUAUAGUAGACUAUGACCAAGUGGAUGUGACAAACAUUCACAGGCAGAUAUUGCACAGUGAGAGCGACCAGGGUAUAAGUAAAGCGGAAUCUGCAGCAAAUAGCUUAAGAAGUAUUAACUCUAAAAUUAAGGUAACUCCAUACAAUAUAGAUCUGAAUCCACAGAAUGCUAUAAAAAUAGCGUCAAAAUACAACCUAAUAUUGGACUGCACAGACAAUGUGCCCACACGGUAUAUGUUGAGUGACGUCAGUGUUUUAACAAAGAUCCCUUUAAUAUCUGGAAGUGCCCUAAAAAUGGAAGGCCAAUUAACAAUAUAUGGGUAUAGAGAGCGAGGGAAUGACCAACCCUAUAUAGGUCCUUGCUACAGGUGUAUAUUCCCAACACCCCCACCCCCAGAAGCUGUGGGCAGUUGCUCUGCAAAUGGCGUGGCGGGUCCCGUGCCUGGCGUCAUAGGUACAUUACAAGCGUUAGAAGCUAUUAAGUUUUUGGUGGGACAAACGCACAAACAGUUAUUAGUGGGACGAAUGUUGUUGUUUGAUGGCGAAGAUAUGACUUUCAGAACUGUGAAACUCCGCGGUCGUAACCUACAAUGCGACAUUUGUUCGGAAACACCAAAAAUAACGAAAUUGUUAAAUUACGAAGUGCUUUGUAAUUCUCAAGCGAAGGAAAAGGACCUCGACCUUCAUAUACUUGAAAAAGACCAUCGAAUUUCAGCCGUAGAUCUGUCAAAAGAUAUGAAAAAUAAUAAACUAAUAGACGUACGAAGUGAAUAUGAGUUCAAAAUGUGUAAAUUGGAAGGUUCUGUGAACUAUCCGUUGGAAAAGUUGCAUCAAGAAGUGCUCAAUGUGUUGGUGGAUAAAGUAAGGAAGUCUAAGAGUCAAGUUACAUUCAUCUGCAGACGAGGGAAUGAUUCUCAAGUUGCAGCCAAAAUGGUUUUAGAUCUCAUAGAAGAAAAACACAGAUAUAAAAUUAAAGAUCUCACCGGAGGUUUACACGCUUGGUCCAAAUAUGUUGAUGAUGAUUUUCCUAUAUAU